GUGAACAGAUGAUCUCUCUAAGCAAAAUAAAAAAUGGGUGUACUUGAAAACCUCUGGGACGACGUCGUGGCUGGUCCUCAACCUGAAGCCCGUGGCCGUGGCCAUCUCAGGCGAAUCUCCACCGGUUUGACUAGCCUGAACAAUACGAAAGAAGCAACAAUGGUGGGCGGAUCAGCGUCUCUACCAGCGAGUCCGACUACCCCGGCCACACCAGGAUCUGGCCGGAAAGUGGAUGUGUGGAGAAGUGUAUUUCAUCCAGCAAGUAAUGUGACCACAAGGGAGAUUGGUGCUAAUGUCUUUGAUAAACCUUCUCAUCCUAAUUCUCCCACGGUUUAUGACUGGUUGUACAGCAGCGAAACCAGGAGCAAGCACCGUUAAAGCGUGCUGUCAUCGACGGAUCGUCAAAUUAAAAUAAGUCAAGAUCUCAUAAAAUUAAGUGGUUACUAUUAUUUCAAGAUGAUUAAUAAUCAGUUAAGUUGGCUGUAUUAUCGGUGUUAAAAUGAAUUACUAGCUUCUGAUUUGCUUUGAAAAACGCGGGACUGCGGGAUUGUUUUGUGUCGACAAAAAUAAUUAUUAAGGAAUGUUUUUUUUUUAUAAUUUAUAAUUUAAUAUAUAUCAAUAUUAUUAAUUCAGGAUCA